GGGGGGGGAAAUACUUGCAUCCCGGAAGUAUGCUCCGGUGUGAUAGCCUAUCCCCUCUGUUGUGUGCCUGGGGGUUGUCGGAAGUCAACUGACUGUCAGAUGAGGAUCUCGGUUCAUGCUUUUAAGUUAAAUUGUUCUCAUUUUUAUAGCAUGUAGAUAGCAGAUACCACAGAGUGACAAUGCAGAUUCUCACUCCUCACGUUUACUGGGCUCAGCGGCAUGGAGAGAUUUUCCUCCGGGUGGAACUGAGCGAUACAAAGAAUCUUGACAUCCGCCUGCAAGAAAACAACAUACUUCAGUUCAGAGCACAGGGCCAUGGAGCUAAAGGAGAUAAUGAAUACAAGUUCAGUUUGGAGUUCCUGGAACCUGUUAGUCCUGAGAUCAACCAUAAGUCCACCCAGCGUCAGGUGGACAUCAAGAUCAAGAAGCAGGAGGAGCGCUGGUGGGACCGGCUGACGCUGCAGGAAAAGAAGCCUCUGUUUUUGGCUCCGGACUUUGAUCGCUGGCUGGACGAGUCCGACGCAGAGAUGGAGCUUCAGGCUAAGGAGGAGGAGAAGAUAAACAAGAUAAGUGUGGAGUCAAGAGUUCGUAAAGACCCAUACCUCGGGCUGAAGAAAGGCUACUUGUUUAUGUACAACCUGGUGCAGUUCUUGGGAUUCUCCUGGAUCUUUGUCAACAUGACGGUUCGACUCUUCAUUCUUGGUCAAGAUUCGUUCUAUGAUACCUUCCACACCACGGCUGAUAUGAUGUAUUUCUGUCAGAUGAUGGCCGUGCUCGAGGUCAUUAAUCCCUUGUUGGGUCUGGUUAAGACUGGAUUUCUCCCUGCCAUGCUACAGGUGACAGGGAGAAACGUCAUUCUCUUUGUUAUCUUCGGCAGUCUGGAAGAGAUGCAGAACAAACCUGUUGUCUUCUUCGUCUUCUACCUGUGGAGCACCAUCGAGAUCUUCAGGUACCCAUUCUACAUGCUGGCCUGCAUCAGCACAGAGUGGAAGCUGUUAACGUGGCUGAGAUACAGCCUCUGGAUCCCUCUGUACCCGCUGGGGACUGUGGCUGAAGCGGUGGCUGUGAUCCAGUCCCUGCCCAUCUUUGAUGAGACGCAUCUGUUCAGCCUCCGCCUCCCUGCGCUGCUGGGACACUCUAUAAGCUUCUCCUACACUCUGCAGCUCUACCUGGUCCUCAUGUUCCUGGGACUCUUCUUCAAUUUCCGCCACCUGUACAAGCAGCGGAGGAGACGAUACCGCUCGAGGAAAAGGAAAGUCCACUAACUCACCACCACCUUUAUUUUCCACACACCCUGAACUGCCGUCCACAUAAAGAUAAAGCAGCUGUUUUCUUUUCCUCUAAUUGCCUUUUUAUCAUCUUCCUACACACACUGACCUGAUAAUGGAGUACUGGUUACUUUAUUCCACCGCGUGAACUGUUAAACUUCUCCAGACCAAAUCCUGUAAAUCUUGUAAAAAACUGUAACAUCUCAACAACUCACUUUAGAACACUGUACAGGUUGAUCCAGUGCUUCACUACUACCAUGUUUAUUCUCUUAAUAAUGUCCAUAAUUAAUGAAGAUUUACUGUAUCUCCGUGUCUGCAGUCACUGUCUAAGGUUUUGUUAUGACAGAAAUAUUUUAUGGAUUUCUCUGUUGAUUUCCUUGUUAGGGUAACGAGAGAAGUGUUUACUUUAUAAACAUGUAGGAGUAAUUUGUUUUAGAGUUGAAAAUAAUGUGGUUUAGGAAAACAAUUUCCUUGUACAAACUCACUGCAACAGAUCAGCCAUUUUUGCUUUAUUUAUACCCUUGGUUGGUUCAAAAAUAAUGUUAUUACCCUCAAAACUGCUUUUCAAAACAUGUUUUAAUGGUCUUUUAACCCAAUAAUUACAAACCAGAUCCUUCACAGUCAAUAUUGAUUAACUUUUAUAUGUUGUUGCAUUGUUGUUGUGUCUUAAUGCAAUUGAAAGCCAAUACAGUUUUGAUUCUCUCUCAGUUGGUGUGUUUAAGGACACUUCGGUCUCUGGGAAUGUAGAAUUUUCUGCAUUAUUUUAAAUGCAAGAGUCGGCAAAUGAAUAUGUUCAUCUCCCUGAUGUCCACGUUUGCUUGUUUUCGUCUGGGUGUUAUUAUCUGAAAAGCCUGUAAACAAAAUGCUUGUUUUGUUUCUCAAAUGUCGGAAUGUAUUUUAGAGAGAGUUUGAAAAUUGUUCCUGCUUGCGACUGCAUGAAGAGGCAACAAUCUCAAGCAAGUUUCACAGCUCUGCAAGUUGACUGAACUUGUAGAUUAUUUAAAAAAUCUGUCUGCAGCGAUGUAAAGUUGAUAAACUAAAACACCACUUUUAUGGUUCUUGAAUCGAUAGAGAUUAUUUCAGAUGCCUUUGCAUGAAAAGACUUUGGCUCUUAACUAUAAAUCAAAUUUAGAUGCUCGUUGUUGUCAGAGGUGCAUUACGAACACUGAGCCUUGUCCUUCACUGCUUUGAAUAAUAACAAAGCCAUGCAAAUUACUGUAGAAAGGAAUAUUUAUAUCUGCUUACACUAUCCUUCUUGCUGGCCUUUACAUAAGUUUAAUUGGUAACAACACACAUUUAUGACCUACAAAUGUUUGUUUGUCCUGCGAAAGUGUAACUGUUUUUGUUGAAAGAUGCAAGAGGGACAUGGCUCAAAAUCAGGAUUUUAAAGUUGUUAACUGUGAAUGAUACAUAAUGAAUCAUGUAAUGUGAUUGUUUAAAACGCAUAAAACUAUUAUUUGCUUUACAGCAGAGGCAAAAGAUUUUAAGUUGGUUGAGGUUUAGCCAUCAGACUUCACAGCCCUCUCUCUUUAUUGAAGAAAGGCAGGGAGCAUUCGCUAGCUGAUGAAUAAAGAUCUCCAUUCUUUCACUUCCUGUGAAGUUUGACCUAGUAAAAAGGCGCUGCAAUUUGAGAGGGGAUGUCGGACUGACACGCAAUUGAGGAAGUAUUGAUUGUUGCCAUUUCAGGAUAUUUUUUUGUGUUACUGCGUGCUGAAAGAGUAUAAACAGCAGAAUAGGACAAAGUGUAAAGAAUGACAGAAAUGGAGGGUGAGGACGAAAGGCUUCAUAAAAAGAUUUUAACUUGCUUUUUGAUUUUAAAUGCUUUUAGCUUGUUAACACUGUAAUGCUAACUCCACCGAGUACUGUGCAUUUCUGCCAGUUCUAGACGGACUGCAUCUCCAGAGUUCUCUCUGCUUUAAAGCCACUAUGUGUAGGAUUUGAAGAUGUAGAACUUUGGCUCCCCUAGUGGUAUUAUUGAAAAAUCGAGUUAAAAAUACGCUGCUUCCUCUCCACCCUCAUGGAUCCGACAUGUGGACACUGAGAUGAAGGCAACACCUGCACCUGUUGUUUUCUAUGUUAGCCCACUAAGGUUAUUAUAGUUAACUAAAACUAAACUUAAAAGUAGGUGUAAAAAAAAAAACAUUUUAGUCAACUGAAAUAAAAAUAAAAACUAGACUAAAAAUGAAUGCUGAUACAAUAUUGUGUACUUACAAAACUGACUAAAAUAAAAAAUAUACAGGAAAUGGCUUUAAUUUUAGUCUUUGUCAAUUUGAUCAAAUGUGUCAACACAAGCUUGAUGAGGCUUCGGUGCAUAUAUUUAUAGAGACUGAGAUGUCUCGGUGUUUGUAUUGUAAUACUUAUUCUGAACUUCUUAAAUCUUUCCCCUGGCAAAUACCCCCCAUAUUAUAAUUAAAAAAAUAAAUACUGAAACUAAUAAAAUCUAAACUAAAACUAAUAUUUUUUAAAUAAUACAAACUAAACUAAAACGUGCAAACCCACUCUGGAAAACUAACUGAAUUGAAAACAUAAAGAUGAAAUUAAAAUAAAAACCAAUGAAAAUACAAAACUAUAAUAACUCUGAAGCCGACACAGUUGAUGCAUGUCAAAUGAUACAGGUGAGUGUGUGUUGCAGUUGUUCUCCAGAUAUUGUCUCAUUUUUCUACAAACAAAAACAUACAACACAAUAAAAGUUCUACACGUUGUUUGAACCAGUUCAUAUGGUGAGAACUGACAAUUAUA